GUGUGUGUGUGUGUGUGUGUGUGGUGUGUGUGUGUGUGUGUGUGUGUGUGUGUGUGUGUGUGUGUGUGGUUGCUUUGAGGACCAUUCCCUUGGAUCACUCCUGGUUCCUGUGCGUCAUCAUCCCCAUCAAAUAUCAGUGUUUUAUUCGCUUUUCUGAUGCAGACCUUUCAUAUUUCAUCCCAUGAAAUGCAAGUCCUGAAAUGUACAUAUGUUCAAAAUGUACAGGUGAAAUUGAGGUGGAGUGAGUAUGCAAGGUUCUGUGCUCGAUGUAGGAUUGAUGUUUUUGAAACUACUGUAGGCUACUCAGUUCAUUGAAGUCAUGCAAUAUUAAAAUUGAGAGAAGCCAACUAAUUAUUUUACAAGGCGCAGGUCAUCAAAUGUAAGAAUUAACACUUACUGCCUUUUAACUGAUUGUUUUUCAUUGUUUCAUUCUUGUGAUUUGCACGUUUUUGUACUAAUGACUAAAUGUGUUUGUUUUUAUUUAUUUUGAGGGUACUGAAUUUAAAAGCUGUCAUAUAUUGUGUACAUUUAAUUUCAUGGUUGUAGCGUUAUGUUGGACGGGUUUUCGUGCUGAAAAUAAAGCUGCUUUGCAGAUGAUGCGGAUGAGGUGUCGUAGGUUCUCCUUUCCAAUGCCAGCGGUGUUGUGUGUUCAGAAUCAGAAUCAGAAUCAGAAAGGUUUUUACUGCCAAGUAGGUUUUCACCUACGAGGAUUUUUUUUUGUGGUACGUUGGUGCAAACAAUAAACAUACACAAUAAACAAUAAACAAUACACAUAUUAAGUUACAGCAGGAGUGUGCAAAAAAGGGAUUAGAGUCCGUGUUGGGGGGCGGAGAGGAUACCGUUUCUACGGGCGGGCAACAACACAUGUGUCUUUUCAGCCAUGUGCUUGGAGCUCUCAGUACCCCGUUAGCAGAGCUGAGUUCGUUGGUGAAAGCCGCACCCUAAUCAAGUGAUGAUCUGAUCUGAUUCAACCCGUUUUUCUCGCGUCAAUGGGGCUGUGUAAGCAUCUGAGUCGUCAUUAAUAAACCUGCAAAUUCCGCACGUUUGCGUCCUCUUACGAUGAGCGCGGUUACAGUGUUUCGCGGUAAAUAUUCAUUUGGACACACACGUUAGCUUCGCAUACUGCGCGAGGUAACAGGUGCGCGCUGUUUGGCGCGUUGAGCUUUUUUGUCUCGCAUACAGAGCGUGACGCAGGCGAGGGUUCGAGAGCAUGUUCUACCGUUACUACACCAAGGCGCGGGUUUUACGUGCUGUCAAUGUUGCUCUCGCGUCUACGUGCGAGUAGGGGGGGGGGGAAGCUCGAGGAGGGAGAAACGAGAGCGCCAACCCAGGGGAGCGCAUUCGCGGAUACAGGGUGCAUGCGCACAAGCUGCUCGUUCAAGCAAGCAGCGCCCACAUCUCAAACGAGCUUCGUUUAGUGCCAUCAUUUCAGUUCAGCCGUCGCCCGCUCCUCCGCAGCGCUCCCCGCACGCGUGUAUAUCUCAGUGGACUAUCCGACCCCGAAAAUAUCGAACACCAAAUGUUGCGUUGGGAUGUACACGACACGGCUCGUCUCUAGAUGGGAUUUAAAACACAACGGCGUUUUGCGAGUUUCUAAAGGCACGCGUUUGUCGGGGAGGAUACCGAGAGUGGCUGUUGGUCUGCGCGAGCUAUGGGAUUAAGACGAUCGAAGAAAAGUUGGAAGUUGUAAAGAUCGUAUCUCCGCGUUGGAUCAAUACCAUGGAGAGGUAGAUCUCGAAAUACUGACAUAUCAGGAAGGUGCACGUAUCGACAAACACCGGGAAAGGAGAUGUACAGAGUUUGGAUUUUCCUUAUUCUUAUAGAAGAGGGAUUUGGACUGGCGCAAAGAUCGCAAGAAACACACCACAACGAUGGCGAUCCGGCGGCCAACGGGGAGCAGUGCGGGGUGUGGACACGCAACAUCAACGGAGGCCAGUUCACCUCGCCCAACUACCCCGACACCUACCCGCCCAACAAGGAGUGCGUCUACAUCCUGGAGGCUCUCCCUCGCCAGAGGAUCCAGCUGACCUUCGACAAGAACUACUACGUGGAGCCGUCGUUCGAAUGCCGCUUCGACCACAUCGAGGUCCGGGACGGGCCCUUUGGGUUCUCCCCCCUCAUCGACCGGUUCUGCGGGCCCAAGAGCCCCGGCGUGGUCACCUCCACGGGCCGCUUCAUGUGGAUCAAGUUCACCAGCGAUGAGGAACUCGAAGGCCUGGGGUUCCGCAUCAAAUACACCUUCAUAGCAGACCCAGAUUUCCAUCUGCACGUGGGCGGACUGCUGAAUCCCAUUCCAGAUUGCCAGUUUGAGGUUGAAGGUUCUGACGGCGUGGUCCGCUCCAGCCAGGUGGACGAGGACAAGAUUAAAAUGGACGAGGACCUGGACUGCAUCUGGACCAUCCGCGCCCCACCCCAGUCUAAGAUCUACCUGCGGUUCCUGGAGUAUCAGAUGGAGCACUCCAACGAGUGCAAGAAGAACUUCGUGGCGGUGUACGACGGCAGCAGCGCCAUCGAGAACCUGAAGGCCAAGUUCUGCAGCACGGUGGCCAACGACGUCAUGCUGGACACGGGCGUGGGCGUGGUGCGCAUGUGGGCCGACCGCAACAGCCGCCUCAGCCGCUACCGCAUGCUCUUCACCUCCUUCGUGGACCCUCCCUGUUCCGGAAACACCUUCUUCUGCCACAGCAACAUGUGCAUCAACAACUCACUGGUGUGCAACGGGGUCCAGAACUGUGUGUACCCCUGGGAUGAGAACCACUGCAAGGAGAGGAAGUCCAAGGGCCUAUUCCACCAGAUCACCAAGACGCACGGCACGGUGAUCGGCAUCUCCACGGGCGUGGUGCUGGUUCUGCUCAUCAUCUCCAUCCUGGUGCAGAUGAAGCAGCCGCGCAAGAAGGUGGUGUCGCGCCGCCCCGCCGUCUUCAACAAGGCCGGCUUCCAGGAGGUCUUCGACCCGCCGCACUACGAGCUCUUCUCCCUGCGCGACAAGGAGCUGUCCUCCGACCUGGCCGACCUCUCGGACGAGCUGGAGAGCUUCCACAAGCUGCGCCGCUCCUCCACCAUGUCACGCUGCGUCCACGAGCACCACUGUGGCGCCCAGCACGCCCCCCACGCCCCCGCCUCCGCCUCCGCCACCGCCACCGCCACCGCCACCUCCGCAGUCUCGUCAGCGGGGGGCAGCAUGAAGCAGAGUCGCACCACGCUCAGCUCCAUGGAGCUCUCGUACCACAACGACUUCUCCAAGCCGCCGCCGCCCAUGAAGACCUUCAACAGCUGCUCCAGCACCGGCAGCGGCAGCAUGGGCACCUACAAGAAGGGUUGCUACGGCUACGCCAAACAGACUCACGACUGCGCCAGCGCGGGGGUGGGGGCCGAGCAGGCGAUGGAGGACCGCGUGAUGGAGGAGAUCCCGUGCGAGAUCUACGUGCGCGGCGGGAGCGUGGCAGGGACCGCGGGCAGCAUCGGCAGCGGCUGCGGCGGCACGCUCACCAUCCGUAACCAUGGCAGCGUGAGGAACAGUGCCAGCGUGGUGGACCCCGGCCAGCGCUCCAUGUCCAUGGACUUUUAAAACAGGAGAGAGAGG